CCGAAAAUUAAUCAGUGGUUAGUGUAAUUGUUUAUGCUGCUUCCGACUACCAUUCAACUUCUCUUCUUCCCAUAUCAAUUCCGGCGCAAUAACGUUCCGAUGACCAGACCUCAACGUUCCAAACAUCGUACCAAGUCCACCGCCAUUAAUGUAAACGAUUCUCCUGAGGAAAACCCAUCACAAUCUAAACUCAAAUUUCGUUCCUCUAAGUCCAAAUUCAAACUAAAAUCCCCAUUACUACCAGAACGCCCAUUUUCCAACGUUUCUGGGCUUGAUUACCAAAAUCUUACCCUUCUAGAACCUGAUUUUUGCUCUAUUGAUGCUCUUGAUCUCGCCCCUCUUCUUCUGGGAAAGUUUCUUCGACGAGAUGAUGUUAUACUUCAGAUAACUGAGGUAGAAGCUUAUAGGCCGAAUGAUUCAGCUUGUCAUGGUCGCUUUGGUAUUACAGCUAGGACGGCUCCUGUUUUUGGUCGUGGGGGACAUGCAUAUGUUUAUCUCUGCUAUGGUCUUCACAUGAUGCUUAACAUUGUCGCUGACAAGGAGGGUGUCGGGGCUGCUGUCUUGAUACGUUCUUGUGCUCCGGUCAGCGGCUUGACGACUAUUCAACAGCGUCGUGGCCAGAUUACUGAUAAGCCGGUUCUUCUUGCUGGGCCAGGAAAGGUUGGCCAAGCUCUUGGGUUAUCAACUGACUGGUCGAAUCAUCCUCUUCAUGUGCCUGGUGGUUUAGAACUUCUGGAUGGACCAAAGCCGGAAAAAAUACUGGUCGGUCCCCGUGUUGGCAUUGAUUAUGCUUUACCUGAACAUGUAAACGCACUUUGGAGAUUUGCCAUUGCAGGGAGUCAAUGGAUAAGUGCACCGAAAAGCACGCUUAGAUUGCCUGGACAAGAUGCAACUUUUCACCGCAAUGUAAGAGUGUUACAGGUCAUAAUAGAAAAUUGCAAGUCAAAAUGAAGAGAAUAGGGAAAAUUUGUUUGGUUUGCUCUUAAUAAUAUUGUGGAAUGUUGGAGUUUAGUGCUGAUGAAGGGACAACAAUAUUGCCUGACUGGACUAUGAAAACAUGAAUCUAGAAGAUGGAGACUCGAUCCAUCUUGACAAUGUUGACUUGGAUCGAGCUACUUAUCCUUAAAUCUUCGAUACAAGAAAAAAAAGUUCCCGAGGGUGCAUUCUGUUUAUCGUACUCAUGUUUGAGUGUAGGAAAGAUACUAUUAUAAUUAUGCACGAGGAUUCCGUGUUUAAAUUUGAUGUUGAGGCUAAGCCAUCUAAUGCUGUUUGUGUUGUUGACACUGAUGUUGAGGUCGAUUUCGAUUCAAAGGGGAGCUUUGUGCCUUUCAACGGUACAUCAUGGCGGUUAAGUGAAAAGUAGAAUGAGCUGGUUAGAUCGACUAAGGGUUCAGAGCAGAGGGCAGCAGUAUCAAACAUUGAGCAGACAUGGAAUUUCACUGGCCUUAUUCCGUCAAAUUUUCAAUGAAAAGUGUGGUACGUUUCUAUAAUCUCUCAAAUUUUAAAUGACGCCAGCACCAUCAGAGUCUUAACCCCAAGACAUUGGGAUUGAUUGCAUAAACCAACAUAUCUGUGCCAAUAUGGUCGUUUAUAUGGAUUAUUCUUCAUUAUUUUGGCUACAUAAACUAUGUUGAAAUUUGGAAUCUGCUUAAAACAGAAGAGUAGAUAAAUGGGGUUUAAUACAAGAUGCUGUAUGAUCUCUUUUUUAUUA